AUGCCAUGGCCCACGACGCCAGCUGCUGCAGUCUCACCGGCGAGCCUGCUCCGCCUGCUGUGCUGCCAGCGACCACACUUCCCCGCCGCCACAGCGCCCCCGGCAAGCUUCCGCACCGGUCGGACCACUCUUGCCUUUGCCUGCCACUACUACUACUACUACUACUACUACUACUACUACGACAGGGGCGAGGGCGAGGGCGACGCAUGGGGCGUGGGAGACGCUGCUGCGUACCCACAGGGGAUGGACUGGCGGCAGCCUAUGCUCGCAGCCGGUGGUGCGCCCGGUGCCAGCAGCACCCCGACUCCCGGUCCAGAACACGAGGAGCAUGCCACGCUGUAUGCUGGGCCUGACGCCAGGGUGACGCUGGCCGUGCUUCCGAACGAGGUCCUGCUACACGUCCUGGGCUUCCUGGAUGUGUCUGAUCUGCUGGCCACCUCGAGGACAUCCCACCAGUUCCGCUCCCUGGCCCUCGCCCCGAUCCUCCACCGCCUCCGCCUCCGCCACGCGCGCAACGUCCUCCCGCCGCUGCUGACCAGCCCCUCGCGCCCGACCCUGACGGACCUGAUCCACCGCUCCAUCUUCCUCACCAACACGACGGUGGUGUCCAGGAGGCUCGCGCGCUCGCUGACGGCGAUCCGGCUCUCGCGGCGGCUGGCCGCCCGCCCCGAGCCCGAGGCCCUGGUCGCGCGGUCCGUGCUGCCGCCCGAGUGCGUGCCGUUCGGGUCCGUGGCCCCCGGUUUGGUAGCCAAGAGGCGGGCCGUCGAGCGCGAGCAGGUGCGCGACGGCAUGCGGCGGUGGGUCGGCGGCGUGUGGGAGCGGCGGUGGCGAGAGAAGGCAGAAGACCGGCGCCGGUGGGAGGAGCGAAGCGGCGUGGGCCGCGUGUGGAGGCUUCGGCGCUUCUGGGAGCGCGUCGGAAAGGGCGAGAUACAGGCUGGCUGA